AAGAUGGGUUGGAUCCCACGUCUCGUUACCACAGCCACCGCCGGAUCCGCGACUUUUCUGAAGUGGUGCCCUUCAGGAGCGGACAUCAAGAUCAUUACGGAUGUUCAUACCAACACAACUCAGUUGUACAUGGGUUCAAGUUCGACAAUGGAUAAUUCUACUGCAUUCGUGGAAUUGGCAAGAAACAAUGCAAAAGAAGUGUUGAAGGAUGGUUUGGUACAGAAGAUGUUGGUGUGUGCCGGUGCUGCUGCUGUCGGGGGCAUCUCCUAUCUGGCCUGGAGGAAGUAUGGCAGGUCUAUCACCAGGCGGCUCUUCCAGAACGAGGACGAUGUCGAGGAGGAUCACGUGCUGGAGAAUAUUGGCCACGAAGAUGGUGACGAUGUCAAUCAUGACGAUGGUCGUGAUGAAGACAGUGAAUACUCUGAUGGUGAUGAUGGUGAUGAUGAUGACGUGUCUGAUGAAGAGAGCGACACCAGUUACCCUGACCUUGAGACCCACGUGUACGCCUCGGCGGAGAGGGGCGACGCCGCCACGAUGUUCUCCGACGAGGAGAUUGACGUCCCCGCCAUGCCGGCCACCCAGAGGAGAGUACAGCGAUCUCGCAAGAGGCUCGUCCGUGCCGGGAGAUCGCGAGACUACACAGAUUAA